UGCAGCACAGAACCAGCUGAGCAAUCAACAGCAUUUCUUGUUCCCAGAUCACCCUUCUGAGCACUUCUCUGCCUGCCGAAUAACUGAGGCCAUUAGAGUUUGAUUCCAUUUCUCUGCUCCAGGCAUAAGAUAAGCCCACCAAGCUGGGGUGGCCUCAUUCGGGUGAUGGCUCCCUGUGCCAGCUGCUUCCUGUUGGCAGUGAUGUUUUCUGCCAGCUGUAAAGCCAUCACCUCCUCGGAUCAGAUGUGCACUGAGAAAGAAGCCAACAAAACUUAUAACUGUGAAAAUUUAGGUCUCACAGAAGUUCCUGACACUCUACCAAACACAACAGAAUUUUUAGAAUUUGGCUUUAACUUCUUGCCUGUAAUUGAAAAUACAACUUUCACCAGACUCAUCGAUCUUAUGUUUUUGGACUUAACCAGGUGCCAAAUUAACUGGGUACAUGAAGACACUUUUCAAUACCAGCAUCAGUUGAACACAAUUGUAUUGACUGGAAAUCCCCUGAUAUUCAUGGCAGAAACAGCAUUUAAUGGGCCCAAAUCGCUGAAGCAUCUUUCCUUAAUCCAAACAGGAAUAUCCAAUCUCGAGUUUAUCCCAGUGUAUAAUCUGGAACAGUUGGAAAGUUUGCAUCUUGGAAGCAACCAUAUUUCCUCCAUUAAGUUCCCAGAGAACUUCCCAACACAGAAUUUGAAAGUCCUGGAUUUUCAGAAUAACGCUAUAUACUAUAUCUCGAGUGAAGACAUGAAUGCUCUGGAGAAGGCCACCAACCUAAGCCUUAAUUUCAACGGCAAUGACAUUAAAGCCAUUGAGCCUGGAGCUUUCCAUUCAAAAAGCUUCCAAAGUUUGAAAUUUGGAGGGAUUCUUAACUUGUCUGUUAUAUUAAAAGGUCUACAGAACUCCACUACUCAGUCUCUCUGGCUGGGGACAUUCGAAGACUCUGAUGACCAAGACCUUACUCCAGCCAUGUUUGAGGGACUUUGUGAAAUGUCUGUGGAAAGCAUCAAUCUACAGAAGCACCAUUUCUCUAAUAUCUCAUCUACCACAUUUCGCUGCUUCACUCAACUUAAGGAAUUGGAUCUGACGGCAACUCACCUGAAAGCAUUGCCCUCCGGGAUUGAGGGUAUGAAUGCUCUCAAGAAAUUAGUUCUCAAUGUAAAUAAUUUUGACCAAUUGUGUCAGAUCAAUGCUGCCAGUUUUCCAUCCCUCACAGACCUCUCUAUCAAAGGCAACAUGAAAACACUUGACUUCGGUGCUGGGUGUUUGGAAAAACUAGAAAAUCUUCAGAAACUUGAUUUAAGCCACAAUGAUAUAGAAGCUUCCGACUGCUGCAAUCUGCAACUCAAAAACCUGCCCCACUUACAAUACCUAAACCUGAGCUACAAUGAGCCUCUUGGUCUUCAGAGUCAGGCAUUCAAAGAAUGUCCUCAGUUAGAACAUCUAGAUUUGGCAUUUACCCACUUGCGCAUUAAGGCUCCACAAAGUCCUUUCCAAAACCUCCGUCUCCUACAGGUUCUGAAUCUUUCUCACUGUCUCCUGGAUACCAGCAAUCAGCACCUUCUAGCAGGCCUGGUGGAUCUCCGCCAUCUAAAUUUACAGGGGAAUCACUUUCAAGAUAGGCGCAUCUCAAAGACCAACCUACUUCAGCCCUUGAACAGCUUGGAGAUUCUUAGUUUAUCCUCCUGUGACCUCCUUUCCAUAGACAAGCAAGCAUUCCAGAGCCUUGGAAAAAUGAGUCACAUAGACUUAAGCUACAACAGCCUGACGGGCGAUAGCAUCGAUGCUCUUAGCCAUCUUCAGGGGAUCUACCUCAAUCUGGCCGUCAACAGCAUCCACGCCAUCCCACCUCUUCUCCUCCACACCCUGUCCCAGCAGAACACCAUUAACUUAAGCCACAAUCCCCUGGACUGCACUUGUUCGAACAUACAUUUUAUAACAUGGUACAAAGAAAACCUGCAGAAAAUUGAGGGUGUGGAGGAAACCAUGUGUGCAAACCCUCCAUCUUUAAGGGGAUUUAAACUGUAUGAUGUCGAACUGUCCUGUGGGAUUACGGCUGUGGGCAUUUUCUUUCUUAUAGUAUUUUUACUCUUCAUUGCCAUUCUGCUCGUUUUUUCAGUUAAAUUCCUCCUCAGGUGGAAAUAUGAGCACAUUUAGUGCUGAAGCUUUCUGGAGAUGGCAAAUGAAUGUGUUUAGGGAAACUGCCCCAAGUAAAGGAACUGUUGUCUGUUGUUGGCUGUCAGAAUUUUCAGAUUGGUUCCUGCAGCUGGACAGGACUUGCUGUGCUUUUCUGAGUCCCAGAGCUAAUGAACCUUCCUGGAAUGUAAACUGACUAGGACCAGGGGACCAAACAACAGCUGUGAGAGACACAGAGCCAUUUGCUCACAUGAAAGGUGGUUGGAGGACCCGUGGCAGGGAAAGGCCAGGAGAGGAAUGUUCGAGGAGGUGAUCUUCCUUCCACUCGUGGACACUUCCCGAAGCAGCGCAUACCCUGACCCUAAAAGGAGACCAACAACUUGGGGGCACUGGUGACCCCAGUCCAAACUCUGUCUCCUGUGGCUUGGGCAUCGUGCUUGGCUCUGAGUCCUCAAUAAGACAGUCAUUUGAGAAACUUGUUGAGGAUAAAGUCUCAAUCCUUUUUUUUUU